UUUUUAAAAGUGUUGCUUGGUUCGCGCAUUUCAUAAAACAUAAAUGUGAAUUUUUGUCUGGUACAUUAAUAUGAAAAGUUGCAUUUUGCAUUGAUAACAUGGUGCCGUUACAGAUAUUUGGAUAUUCAUUUGUAUUAAUUAUCGUUGCAAACGAUAUAAUACAAGGAUAUGGAUAUUCGGUGGAUAUGAAUACACAAGAAACAAACGAAAAAGAAGAUAUGCUAAACGAUGCGCCAGAUAUAGCAAUUGAAGAUUCUUAUAGUGUUAAAAAUAGGAAGGGUGGAAGACGCAUAUUCGCGGGAGGUUGUGCCCGUAGACCGGAUACACCUAUAAACGGCAAACUUAAAUGUUCAUUGAACAGUGGCUGUACUGCAAGUUGUGCGCCAGACUACCAAUUUCCAAACGGCGCUCUUCAUCUGAUUAUCACUUGCGUCGAUAAGGAAUGGCAUAUUGAAGGAACCGAAUGGAAUUCGAUACCACAUUGCGAACCGAUCUGUAUGCCCGAGUGUCAAAACAAAGGGAUAUGCAUCGCGCCUCAUCAUUGCAAUUGUCCGGAACAUUUCAGUGGUCCGCAGUGCCAAUUUGAGAAUAAACCAUGUUUGAAUUAUCCACCGCCUGUUCUUAAUUCAUAUAAAAAAUGUAACUCAAAAACGUGUACCGUCUCUUGUAUGGAACAUUUUACUUUCCCCGACAGUUCGUCCGUUGCUAAUUUAAUAUGCAAGGACGGAAACUGGAAGCCAACCAGAAGUGAUUGGGUAUCGAUUCCGGAUUGCGAACCUGUGUGCGAGCCGCCCUGCCAGAAUGGCGGCAAUUGUCUACCGACCAAUUUAUGCCAGUGUCCACAAGAUUACAGAGGACCUCAAUGCCAAUACUCUGCUAAUACUUGCGAUACCGAAAAACUACGUUUCAACGGCGGAUACUAUUGCACCGGCGACAGCGAAUCAUAUUCUUGCACGCUGAAUUGUCCUACAGGAGUGGAAUUUGAAUUUUCACCUGCCACAGCUUAUAUCUGCACCUACGAUAAGGGCGUUUUUGAACCGCAGCCGAUACCGCAAUGUAAGAUCGACAAUAACAUCAAAAUCAUCUCUCUCGGUACCUCUUACAACACCUAUGUACGAGAAUCGAAUCAUUCAUGGUCGAUGCAUGAUAUUUUCGGCACAAAACACUCUCAGGGAAUCCAUGACGGAUAUUACGGCAUUCAUGGUAGUGAUGCGUCUUUAUAUCCGAUUCAAUCCAAUGGCGUAAUGAUAUUUGAAAUGAAUAAACCGAAGCCGAAGACAUGCUUCACUUGGAGUGGCGCGCACUACAAAACCUUUGACGAUAGAAUCUACAGCUUCGAUAGCGACUGCGCGCACACGCUUCUUCAGGAGACGCGAGACGGCAUCUGCACGAUUGUAGUACUUAAUAGUCCAGGAUGCAAAAGUGGAUCAUCGAGUCGUUGCGUCAAGAUCAUAAAGCUGUUCGUGCACGACAAGGAGUAUACACUCACAAGCAAUGAGAUGGGAAUGUCAGUAUUUUCCAACAGCAAACGAUCUUUGCCGAUACCUGUAUAUUUGCCCGGAUUGCGCGUGGACAAGUCUGCUCAUUUCACCAUCGUUUCUCUCGACUCGUUGGGCAUGAAAUUGAAAUGGGAUGGUGCCCUGUUACUGCAGAUCGAAGCGUCCGAAAGUAUGUGGAAUAAGACAACCGGUUUGUGUGGUACAAUGAAUGAUGAUCAAAACGACGAAUUCCUAACAAAAAGCGGAAGUUACGCUAGUAGUAUACCAACAUUAGCGAAUUCUUGGCGCGUCGACGAUCUUGGAGAAAUAUGCGAUGAUUAUCCAAGUACGCGACAUGCAUGUGAAUCGAAAAAUGAGUUGACUCGAGACGCUUUCGAAUUCUGCAACGAGUUACUUUCUAAUCAUAAAUUCAAGACUUGUGCUAAUACUAUCAAUUUUUCUGAAUUAACCGAGUCAUGCUUAUGGGAUUAUUGUGCGUGUGAGCACGAUGACAAAAGGAAAUGCGCUUGCGAUACUAUGGAUGUUUACAUUCGCCAAUGCGCUCACAAGGGAAUCGCGCAAUUAACCGCGUGGAGAAAUAAUGAUACUUGUCCAAUUUUUUGCGAUGGUGGACGAGUGUAUCUAUCAUGCGGCCCGAAAGCGGAAGCCUCCUGUUUUUCCGGCAUCGAAGCGAAGCAAGAGAUUUCUUCCGAAUGCGAGGAAGGUUGUUUCUGUCCAGCAGGUACUUUAGAACACGAGGGCAAGUGCAUUUCUCCGGAAGAAUGUCCAUGCAGAUUGAGGGGGAAACUAUUUCAACCGGGUACAAGCGUGCAAAAGAAAUGUAAUACUUGUACAUGUAUUUCCGGCAAAUGGGUCUGCACGCAAAUACGUUGCGGUGCCAGAUGCGCCAUUGUCGGCGAUCCACAUUACACCACGUUCGAUGGCAAGCACUAUGAUUUUAUGGGAAAAUGUAAAUACUAUUUGAUGAAAGGAGAGAAUUAUACGAUCGAGAGCGAAAAUGUCCCAUGUUCCGGAGCGAUAUCAGAGAAUUUGGGUUUUACCUUCGUAGGAUCUCCAUCAUGCACCAAAAGUGUUACAAUCAAUUUUAAAGAUACUAUUAUAAAACUAAAGCAAAAUCGUCAGAUUACGAUAAACGGUGACGAGAUAACAAAAUUUCCAAUACUAUUUAAUGGUGCACGAAUACGAAUCGCGAGUAGCAUAUUCGUGGUGAUUCGGUUGCCAAAUGCUUUGAAAGUAUGGUGGGAUGGUGUAUCGCGUGUUUACAUUAAUGCUCCAGCCGAAUUCCAUGAUCGAACGAAAGGACUUUGUGGAACGUUUACCGAAAAUCAAAAGGAUGAUUUUAUAACACCUGAUGGCGAUACUGAGACUGCGGCGAUCGUCUUUGCUAAUAAAUGGAAAACAAACGAAUAUUGCAUUGAUGAACUUGAAAGUGAACCGAAACAUCCUUGCGAUUUAAAUCCUCAAAGAAGAGCGAGGGCGGAAGAAUAUUGUUCAAAGAUACAUAGCAAUAUUUUCUCAGACUGCCACUGGUAUGUUGAUCCACAAGAAUUUUAUCGAGAUUGUAUGUACGAUAUGUGCGCAUGCGAUACCGAUGUAACAUCGUGCCUUUGCCCGAUGUUGGCAGCAUAUGCGAAAGAUUGCGCGACACUAGGUGUGAAGCUUUUGUGGCGUGCCGAGAUUGAUGAAUGCAAGAUACACUGUACUGGCGGGCAGACUUAUCAAAUUUGCGGAAAUAGCUGCACCAGAUCGUGCUCGGACGUAUCCUUUUAUCGAGAUUGCAAGCAAGAGUGCGUGGAAGGUUGCAAUUGUCCAGAGGAUCAAACAUUGAAUGCAAAUGGCGAAUGUAUCCCGAUUGUUCAGUGUCCUUGCUUUUUUGCCGGUCGCGAAUACAAGCCUAAUCAUCGAGAAGUUCGUCCAGGCAACAAGGGACAGGAGUGUUGUUCUUGCAUAGGCGGCGUAUGGGAGUGUCGAUUAGCAACACCGGAUGAAAUUCGUGAAUAUCCACCAGUCACGGAUCUAUUCUGUCCUGCUAGUAAACAUCUGGAGGUGACGGAUUGUCAACCUGUGGAGCAGAGAACGUGCAGCAAUAUGCAUAUACCGAUCGAACAGACACCAUCGGUGUGUACGUCCGGUUGCAUUUGCAAAUCUGGAUAUGUCUUAGAUGUGACAAACGGUAUAUGUGUCAAAAAAGAGGAUUGCCCUUGUCUUCAUGGUGGAAAAAGCUACAAAGAAGGUUCGGUUAUGCAGGACGGGUGUAACACUUGCACAUGCAAAAACACCAAAUGGAAGUGCACGGACCGAACUUGCGCAGGAAUUUGCUCUGUGUGGGGCGACUCACAUUACAAAACAUUCGACGGUAAGAUGUAUUCUUUCCAAGGCAUAUGCGACUAUGUUUUGGCGAAGAGUACGCUGAGCAAAGAAGAAUGUUUCGACAUCUCGAUUCAGAAUGUACCUUGCGGAACUAAUGGAGUCGCAUGUUCAAAAUCGAUCAAGCUCCUAAUUGGAAGCGGUGAACAGCAGGAAGAGCUUAUCUUGACGAAAGGAAAAGAGUUACCGAAAGAAACUUACAAGAGAAUGACAAUAAGGGACGCCGGUCUCUUUGUAUUUGUCGAUGUGCCGGAUUUGGGAUUGGUAUUACAGUGGGACAAAGGUACCAGAGUUUACGUGAGAUUAAAUCCGGAAUGGAAAAGUCGCACGAUGGGUCUGUGCGGUGAUUACAAUGACAAUGCCGAGGAUGAUUUCAAAACACCGUCCGGUGGAAUAUCCGAGGUCUCUGUCAAUCUAUUUGGAGAUUCGUGGAAAAAGAACGCGUUCUGUCUUGAACCAAAGGACAUGCAGGAUGAUGUCUGUGAACGGCAUCCAGAACGUAAGCUGUGGUCAUUACGGCAGUGCAACGUGCUCAAAUCACCAUUAUUUUCAUCAUGUCACUCGGAAGUGGAAGUCGAACCAUAUUUGCGCGACUGUAUUUUUGACACGUGCAGCUGCGAUGCUGGCGGUGAUUGCGAAUGUCUAUGCACAGCAUUGGCCGCGUACGCGCAUGAAUGUAAUGUACGAGGUGUUCCCGUGAAAUGGCGGACGCAAGAACUUUGUCCGAUACAAUGCGAUGAGAAAUGCAGUACAUAUUCGGCUUGCGUCUCGACCUGUCCACGUGAAACUUGUGACAAUUUGAUGAUUGUGAAACAUAGUUCGCAUUUAUGUACGGAGGAUACGUGUGUGGAGGGUUGCCAAUUCAAACCUUGUCCCGAUGAUCAUGUGUAUCAGAAUUCCAGUUACACAGAAUGUAUACCCAAGUCGAUGUGCGCGAAGCCGUUCUGCAUUGAAAUGAAUGGAACAACAUAUUACGAGGGUGAUCGAGUCAGUGGCGACGAUUGUCAUAGUUGUUUCUGUAGUCGCGGCAAAGUGACUUGUAAUGGAGAGGCUUGCACCAGUACUACUAUGGCUAAUAAUGCUACUAUACCUUCAACGGAACUACAGAAAUGCGUGGAUGGUUGGUCAUUGUGGAUCAAUAAGGAUCCAGAAGUGAAAGGGAAAAAAUUCUUGGACGUGGAAACAUUGCCUAAUUUAAUGGAUUUUCCUGAUGUGAACGGAUUUCCGAUUUGCGACAAAGAGCACAUGGUCGAUAUAAGAUGUAGAUCUGUCAAGGAACAUUUGAGUCCGAAAGAAAGCGGUUUGGACGUAGAGUGUAGCCUAGAACGCGGUUUGUAUUGUCAAUCGCAUCUUCCUGAUCUUCCUUGCGUGGAUUUUGAAAUCAGUGUGCUAUGUCGUUGCUUUGAACCAACUACACACGGCGUUGAAAAUACAACAACGGAAAUUGGAAAGGAAUGUGAUGUAGCGCAUCCCAAUUCACCUCAUCCGACUAAUUGUCAAUUAUUUUAUCAUUGCAUUAUCACACCGACGGGGCAUGAACUGGUGGAGAAAUCAUGCGGUCCCGGUACCUUGUAUAAUUCCAAGACCCAAGUAUGCGAUUGGCCGGCACAAGUUAUACGUAUACGACCAGAAUGUUUCGAACCUGAGCGAACCACGCAGACUAGUAGCGGUACCGAAUGGAGUACUAACUAUGAGAACACGACGACAAAGACAGUAUCGACUAUAAACGUAUGUAAGGACGGCGAAAUGUGGAAUGAAUGCGCGAUUCAAUGCGUCAGGACGUGCCAGUACUAUCGUCAUAUUCUAAUGACGCAGGGUCAUUGCAACGAAGAUACAGAUUGCGUUGCUGGAUGCGUCUUGAUCGAUCAACCGAUGUGUCACUUUCCCAAAUUCUGGCGAGACGGUAUUACCUGUGUAGAGGCAAAUCACUGCCCUUGUAAAUCACAUGACGGUAACUCGGUCGCGCCAGGCGCCAUCAAGAAGGAAUCCGAUUGUGAGACCUGCCAGUGCAUUAAUAAUUAUUACACAUGUGAUACAACUUUCUGCUACAACGUAUCAAGUCACGAAGAAACAGUAGGAACAGGAAAAGUACCUGAACAAACCGAAACUGUCACUACGCAAUCGUCAUUCAGUACGAUCUCGGGAAGCACUUGGAAAAUAUCACCAAUUACUUCAUCUCCUUUAAUCGAACAUACGAUCCUUAUACAAAGCACAGUCACACCACCCGAAGAAUGCGAUGAUGCAAAUUAUGUGCCAUUAAUACGAAAUUUGGGAAAGAAAGUGACUAUCCGUGCUAGUAGCAGCAAGAAUCCUGUAUUGCAAUUUGAGGAUCUGCUGAUAUAUACAGAAGGAAACUUUCCGUCAUCAUCCGAGAAAUUCUGGGAACCCGAAAUAACGAAUACGGAUCAAUGGCUCGACGUCGAAUUCGAUAGACCUGAACCAGUUUACGGUGUGAUCUUACAAGGUGCCGUUACCAAGGAUGAGUUCGUAACCAGUUACAAGGUACUCUUUUCGGAAGACGGUCAAAGCUUCUCGUACACGCUCGAUCAUGAAAAGCAGCCACGCGUAUUCAGAGGACCUGCGGACAGAAUCCAAUCCGUGCAGCAAAGAUUUUAUCAACCAAUCGAAGCAAGGAUUAUUCGUAUCAAUCCGCUGACAUGGCAUAACGGGAUCGCUGUUAAAAUGGAGGUACUAGGUUGUCAAGAUCACAUAAUAUCGGUAAUGAUGACGUCGACAACCGAACAAUCAAUAAUAAAGACAACCAUGUCUGAGAAGAUCGUGAGACCAGUAUGUGAAGAUUCAAUGGGAUUAAACAAUGGGCUAAUGACUAUUGAACAAAUUUCGGUAUCGAGUUCACCGCAGUUGAUUCAAAAUCUUUCAUUAUCUUCGGAAGGAGUAUGGCGUGCCGCUUUAGAUAAUCCUCAUCAGUAUAUUCAGUUUGAUUUUCUAGAGACCCGAAAUUUAACCGGAAUCAUAACCAAGGGAGGAGACAACGCUUGGACAACCGUAUACAAAGUAUUCUAUAGUAAUGAUGGUCAUCAUUGGAAUCCAGUCAUCGAUAAGAAUGGCAAUGAGAAGGAGUUUCUCGGCAAUUUCGAUGCGGAAAGUCAGCAAACAAACUUCUUCGAAAAACCAUUGCACGCGAGAUUAUUGAGAGUACAACCCAUCAAGUGGCACGAUCAUGUCGCAUUAAAGAUCGAAAUCCUUGGCUGCUAUUUGGCGUACCCUUCAAUGAAAACAUCAGAAAUCACAUCAACAACGACGUCAUCAUCGUUUGAGCGAGAAUGCAAUAUAUGCGAUGGAAUGGAUAGGACAAUAUUAAACGAUGAAACACGCUGCAAAUGCGAAGAUCCUUAUUGGUGGGAUGGAGAAUCGUGCGUAUCAAAGUGGGAAUGUCCCUGCAUAAUCGGACACGUUUCUUACGCGGUAGGUAGCAUCUACGAGACGGAAGAUUGUCAACAAUGCACAUGCGUCUUGGGCGGAACGCCCACGUGUUCACCAAAAAAAUGCGAAACUUGUCUGGAACCAGGUCUACAAUCUAUCGUCAGCAAAUUAUGCACUUGCCUAUGCAAACCUUGUCCAGCAGGCACAAGACACUGUCCCACGAGCGACGUAUGUGUAAACGAAACCUCGUGGUGUGACGGUAUUCAAGACUGUCCAGAUGACGAGAAAGAUUGUCCAGAAAUAAUUUCCACAACGCCUAUUGCGGUUGAAAUUUCAGAAAUAACAAAUACGACUGGUCUACAAAUUAUAACUACUUCCAGUCCUAUUCAAAUUCCGCUACCAUGUGAAAAACCAUUUUGUUCACUUGGCUAUAGAGUAGUCUUCAAACAAUCCCGGUUGCAUCAUCAUAAAACAAACAUAAAAUCCAAUAAUCGCAAAGGUUUUACGAAGACAAAGGGACACAAGAAGUACAUGUUCCACGAGCAUCCGAUGAAAAAUCAAGAGAAUCAACCAAUAGUGGAAGAUAUUCAAUGUCCUGAAUUUAUUUGCAUACCCAAACCACCUGUCUUGUCUGACGACAAGAAGCCGCAGACGUGUCCGGAGGCGGCAUGUCCACCUCAAUACGAGGUAGUGUUUGAGAGAACAAGCAUGUACAAGAAGCACAAGUGUCCGAAAUACAUCUGUCGACCAUUGAAACCACAAGAAGCAGUUUGCAACGUUAUCGGAAGAACGUUCAAUACCUUCGACAACAUGGAAUACAAAUAUGAUAUCUGCAAUCAUAUUCUAGCCCGAGAUAUGUAUGGUAACGAGUGGUACAUCACAUUAGAAAAACUGUGCUUGGAUUCGCAUGGGCAGCAACGCUGCACCCGUAUCCUAGUAGUGACGCUGAACGAACGUACGAUCGUGCUUUACCCGAAUCUGCAGGUAGACAUCGAUGGAUAUACCUUUACAGCCAAACAGAUUGCGCGUUUCGGAAAUCGAUUUCCCGGUUUUGAGCUUUUGCGCACGGGCGACAGAAUUAUCUUCCUCUCGCAUCACUACGGUUUCUGGGUAAUCUGGGACUCGAGUACCAACGUAAAGAUCGGUGUCGUCGCGAAACUGGUUGGUCGCGUGGAUGGUUUAUGUGGAUACUUCGACGGUAACGUCGCAAAUGAUCGUCAGACACCUGAGGGGACACAGGCGAGAAGCAUCAUUCAGUUCGGAAACAGCUGGGCGAUGGAAGGUGCCAAAGAAUGUGAUCUACAUGUGUGCCCGCACGAUGUUCAAGAACAGGCUUGGACGAUUUGCAGUUCCGUGAAAAGUCCGAUGUUGUUAGGUGCCUGCUCCGCGAUCGUCGAUCUCGACAGAUUUGUGUCUCGCUGCGUGGAGAGCGUAUGCUCCUGUUUGCAUUCUUCCAAUACUUCCUACGAGGAUUGCCGAUGUCGCUUGUUAACGAGCUUCGUCAGCGAAUGCGAGGCUGCCGCCGAUUAUGACACAAAUCUAUUGACAGAUUGGAGAACCGUUUAUGACUGUCCCGCAAACUGUCCAUCACCGUUUGUUCAUCGGGAUUGCUUCCGUAGCAAGUGCGAGAUUACUUGCGAUAAUUUACACGAAGUAGAACCGUGUCCACCGAUGCGAGAUAUUUGCUUCCCCGGUUGCUUUUGCCCAGACGGUCUAGUACGUCGAAACGACAAUGAGUGCGUACCGCCGGCUCGCUGUCUGGAUUGCGUAUGUGACGGCCUCGGCGAUGCCAAGUUCAUCGACUUCAAUCGCAAAAACUUUAGAUUCACUGACAACUGCACUUAUCUGCUAUCAGGAAACACUAUGGAAAAUGCGAAAAAUCAGAGGAACGAAACUCGCGCAUAUCAACUUUUGAUCACCAAUGGAUAUUGUGCCACCGGUAUAUGUACGGAAGUCAUCACAUUGCUCUACGAUGAACAUGUGGUGCAAAUAAAGCGCGCGGAAUUAUCGAAAGAUCUACAAGUAUCGAUCGACGAUUCCCGAGUGGAAAGAUUCCCAACUGAUCACACGUGGAUUGUAUUAAAUCAAAUGUCAACUGGAGAUGUUACUCUAUUGGUACCAUUCAUUCAAUUGGAAUUUGUUGCUUUUCGACAGAAUUUCGCAUUUACCUUGAAACUACCUUCACACAUCUUCAGCGAUGUUACUGAAGGUCUAUGCGGUAAUUGCAAUGCUGAUACCGAAGAUGGUUUUGAGAAACGCGGCGGAGAAAUCACGCAGGAUGUCGAAGAGUUUGGUAAAUCCUGGUUGAUCAAGGAUCUGCCGAUGCAGUUGGGUCUGAGCGAUCGGACAUGUUCCAGUAACCGCCAAUCUCCAUGUACGCCACCACCAGCUGAGGAAGAUAUCUGCAAGAAGCUUUUGGAUUUACCACAAUUUAUGCAGUGCCAUAGCAUCGUCGAUCCAAAACCAUAUAUGGAUUGUUGUUACGAUGCGUUAUGCACAGGUGGAAGUUAUUGCGACAGCUUGGAAAUGUAUGCAAGAAAAUGUCUGGAAGCUGGUUUGUGUCCAGCUUGGAGAACCGAUGAAAUCUGUCCGUAUGAGUGUUCCAAAGAUCUUAUCUACCAGCCAUGCGGCUCUAGUUGCAAGGAAACAUGCGACACUUUGAAUAAAUCAGACAAUCCAAAAUGUGCAUCCGGUCCUGUUGAGGGGUGCUUCUGUCCAGAGAAUUAUGUAUUCCACAAUGAUUCUUGUGUAUUGAAACAAGACUGUUUCAUCUGUGACCAAGAGGGUCAUGUACAGGGAGAUAUCUGGUACCCAGAUAAAUGUACUGAGUGCAACUGUAACAAUGGGGUUGUAAAUUGUCAGAAGACAGAAUGUCCUGUAUUGGACACGAUCUGCGACGAAAACAUGACACCGAUACUUGUUAAUGGAACGGAGGAGAGAUGUUGUGCCAAAUAUUUAUGUGCUCCAAAACCAACAGCUCCUACAAUAUGUAUUGAGCCACAAGAGCCGGAAUGUGGUUUUGGUCAAAUAAUGAAAGCAAUUAUCGACGCUGAUGGAUGCCAUAAAUUUAUAUGUCAAUGUCUUCCUGUAAACGAAUGUCCUACUUUCGAUGAACUUUCAAACGAAGUCGAACAACUGCAAUCCGGUUUCGUACAAGUGAUGAAUACAUCUGGCUGCUGUCCACGACCAGCUAAAAUAUGCGAUCCAAAAACUUGUCCUUCUGCAGCAAAAUGUCCAGAUUAUUUUAAUACUACAGUAAUUGUGCUCGCAAACAGUUGUUGCCCUACUUAUGAAUGCGUGCCUCCAAAAGACGUUUGUCUUUAUACAAAUGAAAAUCAAAGCAGCCAGCCCGUAAUAGUGAAACAGAUUGGAGAGGAAUGGAAAGAUGGUAAAUGCAAAACGUGCUUGUGCGAGAAUUCGCAUGACGGUCCUAAGGCAAAUUGUUUAAUCAUGGAAUGUCCAAGUAUGGAUGCACAGUCUGAUAUGGAAUUGUAUGUAUUGGAAGAAAUACAAUUGGAUGACAAAUGCUGCCCAAUCUUUGAACGUACUGCUUGCAGAUGGGAAGACAAAAUAUAUAAUGUUGGUGAAAACUGGAAGCCUAAUAUCAAAAAUGCUUGUCUUUCGAUGUACUGUGACAAAAAAUUGGAUAGUGUUCAGAUAUUAACCAAAGUCCAAGAAUGUAAUACUGUGUGUGACUAUGGUUACACAUAUCAAGCGCCUAAUGACACUAGUGUUAAUUGUUGUGGUACAUGCAUCCAAGUUGCAUGCAUUGCAGACGGCAUACUUAAAGAAGUGGGAGAGCAUUGGUAUUCAGAUGAUCAUUGUGUGACAUAUUUUUGUGAAUCAACGAAUGGAAGUGUAUAUAUACACGCAAAUACCGAAACUUGUCCAGAAAUCGAUCCGCAGUUGGAAUCCGAAUAUGAGGUGGAAGAGCGCAAAAUCCCAGAAAAGUGUUGUCCAGAAUAUGUCAAAACAGCUUGUCGUAGUGAUGGACAAAUAUAUAAAUCUGGAGAAAAAUGGAGAUCUCUCACAGAUAAUUGUGUCAUCGAGACAUGUGUUGGACCGAAUAUAACAAAGCGCAAAGAGAUUGAAGUGUGUUCAACGCAAUGUUCUCCAGGAUGGUCGUAUCACGAAUCAGAAGAUGGUAAAUGUUGUGGAGAAUGCAAACAAGAGUUUUGUGUAUUCGAAGAUAUCUUGUAUGCACCUGGUUCAACAUGGUCAUCCGAUGACAAUUGUACUACUUAUACAUGCAUGGGAAAGGAUAAACAGCUAUCUCUUGCUGUAAGUCCAGCUGCUUGUCCAGAUAUAACAGAUUGUCCUGCUGAAUCAAUUUAUCAUGAUCACUGCUGCAAGCGAUGUAAUUUAACCAUCCUUAAUAUAGAAAAAGAGAUUAACAAAACAUGCAACACAGUUUUUGUGGAUGCAAAUAAUACUGUAGGUAUGCUGGUUGUAAACCAUCUUUUACAUGGGAAAUGUAAAAAUUUAGAUGUCGUUGAGGGUAUUAAACAGUGCAGUGGAACAUGUCAAUCUUCAACGUUUUUCGAUAGCGGAAGUUGGAGUCAAGUGAGUAACUGUUAUUGUUGCCAAGCAGAGAAAUACAGUGGUCUUAUUCAAGUCAACUUAACAUGCGAAGAUGGCGAAAUAUUAAAAAAGCAACUAGCAAUACCAAGUUCUUGUGCUUGUCAAAGUUGUGCUUCUUCGGAUGUUAAAAGCGAAAAUAGGAAGACAAAGAGCAAAAGUUAAUCUGUAAAAACUGUUUCUCAACUAUACAUUUAUUCUUUAUUCAUAUAUCUUAAUGAUGAAAUAUUUUUAUGUUCUAAAAUGCCAAAGAAGAUAUUUUAAG